CGUACGUUAUGCCAAUCUAAAUGGUUGUUGUAUGAUUUUCAUUGAUGUGCUUAGUUCAUGGAUAGCACCAGCCAGAAAUAUGAAUGCACAGCCAAUGUGAAGUCUGCUUAUGUUUUAACUAAAAUAGUACAGCUUGGAAGAUUCCAGCCCAUGGUCCCGUGAGUGACUUUCCUGACUUUAAUCCUGAGUUGCACAUGGAGGAUUAGUUGAAGUAAUGUACAAAUACGUGGGAGAGAGGGAUAAGAUAAGGGGCUUUAGGAAGAUUUACUGUCAUAAGAAGUAUUUUAAUAUAACUAUAUCUGAGACAGGUUCCAAAUGUAGUAUUACUUCAAAGGGUCGGACCUGGACAUGAUUUUGCUUUUAACGGAGGGUGGGUCAUUGUGGACCUUAGAGGUGCAGCAGAGGCCUAUUCCUUCAUGAGUGACCCAUGAAUCCACAGACCAAGAUGCAAUGACUAAGAUCAUGAAAUAGAAACAACAAACUGCAGAAAGUGAUUUACACAAAACGACACAAAUUGCUGGAGUAACACAUCGGGUCAGGCAGCAUCCCUGGCAAACAUGGAUAGGUGAAGUUUCAGGUCGGGACCCUUCUUCAGAUUGAUUGUAGAGGAGGAGGUGGUGGGAAGAAUGCUGGGAAGGAGGGAGGCAAGACAAAGUGUUACAUGGAAUAGGUGCACCAGACGAGGGAGGUAUUUGAUAGGUAUUUGAUAGGCAGAUACAUGGAACACUACAGACACCAGAAGUACUGCAGAGGUCUGUUCUGCCAUGAAUCACCCUUAAAUCCACAGACCAAGCUGCAAGGACCAAGAAGAUCAUGAAGUUCCACUCUAUCACGUGGGAAAGAGAAAUCUGUCACUCACUUUGCGGGAUUUGAUAAAUUUUACUAUUCCCCUUUUUUAAACCUAAAAUGAAUUACACAAUGCACACAAUAUGCCUUAUGAUUUAAUUUCUAAGCUGAUUUCUCUGAAUUAGCUCUGAUUCAAAUUAUUGUUUCAUUGUGCUUAAAAAAUGACUGCAGAUAUUUUUUUUUAAUUGACUUUUUAGAUUCAUCUAUUUUGUUCAGUAAUUUUGCAAUUAAUAGCCAAUUUGUACUGCAGAGCUGGCCAAGUUUGAAAGGCUGUUCUCUUUAGCUGUGUUGUGUUGUGCUGUGUUACAUUUUGAAUCUAAAUGGAAAUAACAUAAGAAGUAAAUACUACCUGCUUCAAUUGAUCGUGGGUAGUGAAACAAAGGUAUUAGGAAGUACGUAGAUAAUGAAAUCAGGCUGCCAAGAUAUAUUUAUAAAUAGCGUGGUGUAAUCAGGUGAGGUAACAUCGUGGAAAAUCCAGAGGUCAUGUGUUGCAUUUCCUUGUUUCAAAAAAUGUCCCAAUCAAAGUGUAUAUAAGCAGUUGCCAGAAUCAAAAAAGCACAUCAGAUCACCAUUACCAACUCAACGUAAUCCACAGCAAAGUUAUCUUAUAAACCAGUGAUCAACAAUGAACACUCUCAAGAGACUUCUCCCAGCAGCUAUGCUCUCUUUGAUUGUACUGAACAUGUUUGACAAUACACUAUCAGCUGCAACAUACGGCGACUGCUGCCUCGCUUAUUCAAAGAAGCGACUGCCACAAAAAUUGAUCUCUGGUUACAUGGAGCAAAAAUCCAAUGAAAUAUGUGAGAUAGAUGCAAUUAUAUUCUACACCGUCAGAGGAAGAGCAGUGUGUGCAGAUCCUGAGCACCAUUGGGUGAAGAAAGCACUGAAUUUUUUGAGCAAAAAGCUGAGAAAAAUGUCACAAGAUUGAGCCAUGUCUCGAGGAAAGAAGUUGGCUGCAUUUAGCUGGAUUUAUUUCAAGAAUCCAUCCUGCAUAGUAUCUAUGCCCAGACAAUGAAAGUUUAUUAAAACUUCCGUAAUUUGUAUCAGUCACAAUUGAUGUGUAAGCCACUUUAUUUUUAGUAUGUUCUGCUGAACUUAAUGAAGAAUAACUGUAUAUUCUUAUUUAAUUUUUUGCUACAUCAUGCUGGUUGUGAAUUAAAUGACGAUGAAUGUAAUAUUAUCACCUGCAUAUGUGUCAGUCAAUCUAUGUUUAAUUUAUUGGAAAGUGAAUGAUGCCAAGGAAUAUCUCAGAGUUCAAGUAGCACCGUGUUAAUUGCCACCUCUGUGUAUUUCAAAAAUGUGAGCGAAUGAAAAAUAAAGAUAUUUAUUUCAGAUUUCUUCUUCGGUAAUUUAUUUUGCCUCACUAACGGAAACCUAGCCAAUGGUAAACCACUUACAGCAUUGUCAGCAGAAGGGUAAACUAAAGCUCAUCACAAACAUCUUUCCAACUUCAUCAGACACGAGAUGGAAUAAAACAAAGAGCAAGGGGAUUGAUCCUAAAGUUCAGAAUCUCAGGAAAGCCAACUUGAGGGAUUCCAAACAUUCAAUGUGAGGCUUCUAGUAUUGAAUGCCGAAUAGAAUUAUGACUUUUGAAAUCCAGAAUGGAACUUUAAUAAACCUUUUAAAAUUCCUGCGUCAGCUGCUUCAGGUGUCAACAUUUAAACUGGUUUCUUGUUUUACCCUGGCACCUGUUCUUCAUUAAAGCAGGUGCUUUGACCAAAAGGAACUAUGAAACUGAGUAAUUAAAUUGUUUAUGACUCAUUUGCUAAAGUUGGCUCCAGUUUUCUAACUAAUAUCAGAAACAGGCAUAUCAUUAUUCUCAAUGCAGUAAAUAUUGAAAUAUCAGAUGUUCUGCUGAUUUCUGCUUGUAUUGAGGUGCCUUAAAGUUCAGAGUCUUAGAGUCAUUCAGCACAGAAACCUGCCUUUGUUACUCUCCUGGUCAUCAAGUACCCAUCUAUCCUUAUCCAGUUUCCCACUAUUCAGACCAUAACCUUCUACGCCAGGCAGUUAAAGGAUUCAUUCAGAUACAUCUUUAAUAUUGUGAGAGCACCUGUCUCUAC